UAUUAUAUAUAUAUAUAUACUGCGAGUAGGAAGUAAAUAGAGAGAAAGGGCUGAGUGAGUGAGGUGAAGAGCAUAAAAUAGCUGCUAAAAAGGCUUAAAAGACGGUGGUCCUGCACCAUCUCUUCUUCUUCACUUCCUCAUUUCAUCAUCGUCUUCACCAAGAUCUCUCGUAUCACUUUAGCCAAACAGAAGAGAAAGCUUGAAAAUAACUCCAUCUAAGAAACCUCACCAUCUAUCAUCCAUUUGAUGUGAAAAAGCCUCCUCCGCCCUUUCCGAAUCUUCUCGCGACUCACCAGUCCGACUCGCUAACUCGACUCAGCUUGUUCUCUUACUAGAAAGUUUUAAGAGAGAAGAUUUUAGGAUAUACCGAUGGCGCUCUCGGUUUCUGAUUUGUCUGCCAUAUACUCGUUGCUCGCCAACUCAAUGAGUCAAGAUGAGUCUAUUCGCAAACCGGCUGAGUCGGCUCUUGCUCAAUCUGAAAGCAGGCCUGGUUUCUGCUCUUGUCUUAUGGAAGUGAUUACAGCGAAAGAUUUAGCUUCGCAAGUGGAUAUUCGAUUAAUGGCUUCUGUAUAUUUCAAAAACAGUAUUAAUCGGUAUUGGAGGAAGCGACGCGAUUCCUCGGGGAUAAGCAAUGAAGAGAAACAACAUUUAAAACAAAAAUUGUUAUCACACUUGAGAGAAGAGAAUUAUCAGAUAGCUCAAAUGCUGGCAGUGCUUAUUUCAAAAAUUGCUCGCUUUGACUAUCCCCGGGAAUGGCCAGAGCUUGUCUCAUUUCUUGCACAGCAGCUCCCAUCCGCUGAUGUUCUUACCUCCCACAGGAUUUUUAUGAUUCUCUUUAGAACUUUGAAAGAAUUAUCCACAAAACGUCUUACUGCAGACCAAAGGAAUUUUGCAGAGAUCUCAUCCCAUUUAUACAAAUAUUGCUGGCAUAUUUGGCAGAGUGAUUUACAAACAAUAUCACAUGGUUUUUCUAUAAUCACACAGAGCUAUAAUUCAAAUGGAAAGGAGCAGCAUCAUGAUGAUCUUUAUCUAACAUGUGAGAGAUGGUUGUUUUGUCUAAAGAUAAUAUGUCAAUUAGUGAUUUCAGGGUUUCAAAGUGAUGCAAAAUGUAUACAGGAGAUAAGACCAGUCAAAGAGGUCUCUCCUGUGCUUUUGAAUGCUGCCCAAUCAUUUCUUCCAUACUAUACAUCUUUGCAGAAUAGACAUCCUAAAUUUUGGGAGUUUAUAAAGAGGGCAUGUACUAAAUUGAUGAAGGUUCUAGUUGCAAUUCAACAAAGGCAUCCUUAUUCUUUUGGUGAUAUAUGCGUCCUUCAACCUGUUCUAAAUUUCUGCUUAAAUAAGAUUACAGAUCCUGAGCCAGAUAUAUUAUCCUUUGAGCAAUUCCUGAUUAAGUGUAUGGUAAUGGCUAAAAGUGUAUUUGAAUGUAAAGAAUAUAAACCAAGUGUUACUGGACGGGUUAUGGAUGAGAAUGGUGUUACACUAGAGCAGAUGAAGAAAAACAUUUCUAAUGCUGUUGCUGGUGUUUUGACUAGACUUCUGCCCAAUGAACGGAUAGUACUUUUAUGCAAUGUGUUAAUAAGGAGGUAUUUUGUUCUAACCACGAGUGAUUUGGAGGAAUGGUAUGAGAAUCCUGAGGUUUUUCAUCAUGAGCAGGAUAUGGUUCAAUGGACAGAGAAACUGAGGCCUUGUGCGGAGGCUUUAUAUAUUGUAUUGUUUGAAAACCACAGUCAACUGCUGGCUCCUAUUGUGGUGUCCAUCCUUCAAGAGGCAAUGAAUGGUUGCCCAACUUCUACAUCUGAAAUAACUCCGGGGUUACUUCUUAAAGAUGCUGCCUAUGGUGCCGCUGCAUAUGUAUAUUAUGAGCUCUCAAAUUAUCUCAGCUUCAGAGAUUGGUUUAAUGGUGCUUUAUCCCUUGAACUUUCUAAUGAUCAUCCAAAUAUGCGUAUCAUCCACCGGAAAGUUGCUCUAAUACUGGGACAAUGGGUUUCUGAGAUAAAGGAUGACACAAAAAGAGCUGUAUAUUGUGCCUUGAUACGGUUGUUACAGGACAAAGACUUAUCUGUGAGGCUGGCAGCCUGUCGAUCCUUAUGUUUACAUGUUGAAGAUGCAAACUUUUCAGAGAAAGAUUUUUCUGAUCUACUUCCUGUUUGUUGGGGUUCAUGUUUUAAGUUGGUCAAAGAAGUUCAAGAGUUUGAUUCAAAGGUCCAGGUUUUAAAUUUGAUUUCUGUUCUUCUUGGCCAUGUCAAUGAAGUCAUCCCAUAUGCCAGCAACUUGAUGCAUUUUUUCCAGAUGGUUUGGGAGGAAUCUUCUGGAGAAAGCCUUCUACGGAUACAGCUUCUUAUUGCUUUGCGGAACUUUGUUAUUGCCCUUGGAUAUCAGUCACCUAGUUGUUACAGCAUGCUCUUGCCCAUUCUUCAGAAAGGGAUUGAUAUAAAUGGCCCUGAUGAACUCAAUCUUUUGGAGGAUAGCAUGCUGUUAUGGGAAGCCACACUGUCUCAUGCACCUGCAAUGGUGCCUCAACUCUUAGCAUAUUUCCCAUGUCUUUUGGAAAUCCUGGAAAGAAAUUUUGACCAUUUGCAGGUAGCUGUUGAUAUUAUUGAAGAUUACAUUAUUUUGGGUGGAAGGGAAUUUCUUAGCAUGCACGCUUCCAGUGUGGCUAAACUUCUAGAUCUCAUUGUUGGAAACGUCAACGAUAGAGGGCUGCUUUCAAUUCUUCCCAUCAUUGACAUUCUAAUACUGUGUUUCCCCAUGGAAGUGCCGCCAUUAAUCAGCAGUACUUUACAAAAACUAGUUGUUAUUUGCUUGAGUGGAGAUGAUGGUGAUCCUUCCAAGACGGCCGUGAAAGCAUCUUCAGCUGCUAUCAUAGCAAGGAUUUUGGUGAUGAAUACCAACUAUCUUGCACAACUAACAUCAGAACCUUCUCUUUCAUCAGUACUGCAGCAAACUGGUGUAGCUAUUGAAGAUAAUAUUCUUCUUUCUCUAGUUGGCGUAUGGCUUGACAAGGUAGACAAUGUAUCUUUGCCCCAGAAGAAAGCAUUUGGACUAGCACUUUCCAUAAUUUUAACUUUAAGGUUGCCUCAAGUACUAGACAAACUAGAUCAAAUACUAAGUGUUUGCACUAGUGUAAUUCUCGGAGGGACUGAUGACUUAACCGAGGAAGAGUCAAGAAAUUGCAGUGGUGAUAACAUGAGCUAUGGCAGGUCGCACGAUGAGGAUUUGCUUCCUAGUAAGGAGUUAAGGAGAAGACAGAUCAAAGUCUCGGACCCUAUCAACCGGUUAUCAUUAGAAAACUCAGUGAGAGACAACCUUCAAACUUGUGCUGCCCUUCAUGGAGAGUCGUUUAAUUCUGCCAUUGCUAAAAUACAUCCAGCAGCUUUUGCACAGUUGAAGCAGGCGCUAAAGAUGCCAUAAGCCAGCAUUGAUGUUCUCUUUUAUCAACUGAGGUCUUUCUUUCCCGGCUGAUUAUUUUCCAUUUUUCCAAAGAUUGAGAAAACAUUUAGGUGAUAUUGAAGGUUUCUGUUGAGAUGAAUUUGGUGGUGUUUCCUACAUUCUUUGUAUAUUUUCCUAAAUGGCCGCUUGGCUUGGAGUGUGUUGAUUUAUUCAUCUGUUACAUGGGCAACAAAAAAAAGACUGUAAAUAGCCCUGCUGCAGUGAGUUCAUGGUCUUUUUAGUCUUUUACUUGCGAGCGAGCGAAAUGAAAGUUUUUUAUUUUUCUUGAAAACAAAUUAAAGAGAAUAUCUGGAGGGAUUUCUUACUUCUGGGUUUUUCCAGUUUUCUUGGGAUCAAUAUCAAUGAGUUCCGAUUUCAUUUGCUUUUUUUUUUUUUUUAAAAAAAAAUUUAAACAAGAAGCACAAGACUGUAAAGUGCAUGCAUUCCCCGAAAGAGCUUUGAAACCAACCCUUAAGCCAAACUAAUAUACACUAGAAAAGAGCGAAACCUCAAGCCAAAAUACCUUUUAAAACAAUAGCAACCAACAAGCACAGCACCAGCAACCAGUCGACCGGCCACUUUGGAAAUGGUUUUUAUUUUCAGAGAGGGGCUAGACGUUCCAGAAGAAAUGGGAAACUCGAAAAGAAUACAUUAUUGUUCAAAUUGAAUACCUCUGUAUUAAUACUGGUAAACCAGAUAUAAAGGAUUCAUUCAAUUCUACAUUGAAAUUACUUUUAGAAUUGUGAUUUUAAAUCCAACUAGAAGGCAAAUUUCCAUCAAAACAUCGGUUUGCCCUUCAAACCAAACGUAAUACCUUUAGAUUUUCCAAAUUAAAACUCUUACAAUUCCAUGCAGACAAAACAAACAAACCCUCCCAUCCACAGGUUCCAACAUAAUUUGAUUUUUUUGCAAAUAUUAAGAAAACUACGUAACCUGAGUGGGAAUAUAUUUAUAUAAUUCUCUCCUUAAACCACUAAAUAUUUUUUUAUAAUAAACUUACUCGAGUAUAUUGUUGCUUUCUCUUUCAGGUCUAUGCUUUUGAAGCAGCCUCAUCCUUCUCAUCUUCCUCUGUUUUUGCUUCAUCUUUGACGGCUUCCUUGGUGUCGGAGGCAACGACCGUAUCUUCUUCUUUACCGUCACUUUUACUUUCUCCAACACUCAACUUGUCGAGGAGAUCAGCAGUGACUGUGGCGUCUUUAUUUUCCUC